AUGAAUGCCGUCGAUGCCUCGGAUCACUACGAGAUCCACUCGGGUGAGGACACGCCGUCGCUCCUCGUCGUCGUCAUUGACACAAACCCGCGCGCCUGGGCAUUGCUGCGUGAUGUGCUGCCAAUAUCAAAGGCCAUAGCCAACAUCCUCGUCUUCAUCAACGCCCACCUCGCUCUCAGCAGUUCCCAUUCCGUAGCCGUCAUAGCGGCCCACACCCACCGCGCAGUCUGGCUCUAUCCGUCGCCACCGAAACCACCUACCCACGAUGCCCGCGACGUCGAAAUGACGGAUGCCGAUGCCGGCAAGGAUAAGAAACCUACGACUUCAUCAGCCAACAAGCUGCCUCAGUUCGCUCAGAUCGAAUCCACCCUCCUUUCCUCGCUCCACGACCUGAUCCAAAAUACUACCAAGGCGGAGCUGGCCUCGACCACGACGACCCUCAUCUCGGGCGGCCUGUCCUUGGCACUCGCACACAUCAACAAGACCAAGGAGCUAGCCAUGGCCACCGGCAUUGACGCCACCAGAGCCGAGCCUGCAGCACCGGGUGUGUCGGCCUCGACGGCUGGCGCAGGCGUCAGCGGCGGCGGCGGCUCCGCGGCCCGGACCGUUCUGCACUCGCGCAUCCUGACCGUGUCCGUAUCCGACUCGAGCGCCGAUCAGUACAUCCCGACCAUGAACGCCGUGUUCGCCGCGUCGAGCGCCGGCGUGCCGCUCGACGUGCUCGCCCUGCGCGGCGCCGCCCCCUUCCUGCAGCAGGGCGCCUUCAUCACGGGCGGCACCUACAUGGCCGCCAAGGAGCCGCGCGGCAUCCUCGCAUACCUCAUGACGGGUUUUGCCAGCACCAGCGGCGUCGGCAGCCAGGGUCUGCUCGUCAGCCCAGGGUCCGAGUCGGUCGAUUUCCGCGCCGCCUGCUUCUGCCACCGCAGGGCCGUCGACACGGGUUACGUCUGCAGCGUCUGCCUGAGCAUCUUUUGCGAGGUCCCACCCGGCGCAGAGUGUCUGACCUGCGGAUCCAAGCUCGCCCUCGGGGCCUAUGGCCACAAGCCUGCCGUCGUGCCGCGCGUGCGCAAGAAGAAGAAGAGGAAGGUUGGCGUCAACGGGGACAGUAGAGAGGGAACCGGUACUCCACGACCUACUUGA